ACAAGGUCAGAGGUACAAAUAUGCCUUUCUCAAUGACAACAAUAAUGAAUUAUGGCAGUUCCAUUUAUUUAAUUGAAACGUAUGUAGUUAAUUAGCUGCGUUAUUACGUUAUAAACGUUAUUGUAGGAAAAAUAUAAAGCAAUCUGAAGUAGAUAAAUAUAGAUGAGUGGGGGUGUAACCACAGAGGCGCUAAAAGAUUCUCUUUGGAUCUCAUUCCAGCCCUGGAUGUUCGGCGUCACUGAAGGCAAGAUGUCCCCAUCCGCUCUCGUUUUGCCGUUGCUCGCCACGGUCCUCUACGCUUGGCAGGCGAGCGCAGAUGAGGACUGCCUGUCGUACGUGGACAAGAACGGCACCUGGCACAACGGGUUCGACUGCCCCCUCAUCUCCUUCUGCUGCGGGACCUGCCAGCACCGCUACUGCUGCCUGGACGACUUCAAGAUGAUCCGGGAGCGCGAGCAGAAGCGCUGUAUGCUCUUCCAGAUCAGCCCCACCACCAUGGCGGGCAUUGCCUCGUCCGUGCUGCUCUUCGUGGUGAUCAUCAGCACCUUGGUGUGCUGCUCCAUGUGCUCCUGCUGCUACAUGUACCGCCGGCGUCGGGAGCUGCGCCAGGCCACGCCCUGCGAAGGCCAACAGAUACCAAUGGCCAGUUACCCGGGCAACCCCAUGUAUGAUGCACAUGGCAAACCAAUAGGCCAGCCUGAGUACCAGUACCCCGCUUUCCCAACCGCUCCAGCACCGCCGGGCCAGCUGUCCUACCAGCCGGGCAUACCCCAGCCGUACCCCGCCAUGGUCCCGGGACCAUACCCACCCUACCCUCCAGUGAACCCAGAAUACGCUCCAUCACCACCCCCUCCGUACUCGCCACCGCAGUAUCCGGGCAACUGACGGGGCGGCGGCCAAUGGGGAGAGAGGAGGAGGUGGGGAUCCCCCCCCCCCCCCCACACAGUCUCUCUCUCCUCUGGCUCCCCCACACUAUCUUCAUAACCAAAAUUUCUGACUUGCGUCUGUUUGAUUGCCCCCCCCCCCCAUAGGAAAGAGCAUGAGCUGAGCUGGGAUGCUCCUGCGCUUAACUGGAGCCUUUCAACAAGAUGAGGGGUAGAGAUGCAGUCUGCCCCCCUCCCACCCCCCCACAAAAACAGAAAACAGCUGAGCACCCUCUGUUCUGCUUCACGACAUUUGUUACAGCAAGACACCUGCACCCCUCCAAAACAUGGCUUCACAUCACACCGUGUGCACCUUGGCUUUGUCUGGAGAGAGUUCCCAGACUGCUCCUGGAUGGCACGUUUCAUCUGCCGGGGGAAUUUCCUGCCAAGGGAUCCUCAAGACUUACAGUUUUAAUAGGAAUGUCUCUCUCUCCCUCUCUCCUGCUCUCUCCCUCUCACGUUCUCUGUCUCUCUCUCUCUCUCUCCCUCUCAUGCUAUCUCUCCCUCUCCCUGUCCGUCUCUUACUAUCUCUCUCUCCCCCUCUCACUGUUUAUCUCUGUCCCUCUCUCUCUUUACUGAGUCUUUGCCGUUUGCAUUUGCUACAUUCACUUUGGGGCACGGUGAUGCACACGCCCCGCCCCCCAACAACCCCCCACCUCCCCCGUGCGUUCGUCGUCCCCAGCCCUACAUCUGCGGGGGAUGGAUUUGGCUCAUGGCAUCCUUUUGCACACCAGUGCCAUACACAUGCGCAUAUGCACAGGCAGGCUGCAGCCUCCAGCCACAUGGACAGCUCCCUUAUCCACCCAUCACAGUCUGCUCAUUUAUCUGAUGGCUCCUGUCAGAUCCUCCAGCUUUGCUAGAAUCAAGGAAACUAAUGUCAGCAAUCUUUUUUUAUAUUGUAAGGCAAGAUAAAAUAUUGGAGUAAAUAUUUCACUGUGGCUGUGACAAACUCAGAACUGGAGUAUGUAAACUAUUUUUAUUGUGCUAUCUGCAUUCACUUACUGUAAAUGGUCUGUUUAUAUUAUAUAUUUAGCUGCAUUUUUUCAAACUUAAACUUAAAAAUUAUUAUGCAUGUUACUUAUAAUUGAGAAUUCAGUUUUAACUGUAUUCUUGUUGAGAACUUGUCCAGGAAGCUGAUUGGCAAACCAUUUAGCAUUUAUCUUGUGUCUGUGGGCCAGACUUACAGCGACUGUUCACUAGCUGCAACAUUGACAAAGCGAGGGGGGGUCAUUUUUAAAACCCCCUGAUGCCAUGGUGUUCAGUCUUGCCCUUUGAGACCUGCAGUGUGUUUUGCUUUUUGUUUUCACUUCAAACUGUCUACAAAUUCAAACUGAAGGAAACUGACUGCUUCUGGGAUGAGACACAAACUCAGCGAACUAAUAAAAUGAACCUGUGCAGUGUUGAAUGAAAGGUGCAGUGUUUCAUCAAACAGUGCUGUGUAUAAUGUGAUUGUGGUUACUACUGUUAUGACUACUGAGAGGACAACUGCACGGUGGGACACACAUUCUUAAAUAUGACCAAAUAUCCCUGCUUUUGGUUACAUCCAUGGCAUGCCCACAAAAUGGAAGCAAACGGAUCUGAGAGACAGUUGUAAAACACAACUAACCGCUCACUUGCACACUGCUCACUGGAAAGAUAGGGUCUAAUGCAGACAAAUAGCAAAGUGGUUUUCAGUCUGAACGCACCUCCAGGUGUUUAAAUGGCUGCUUUGGAAUGCAAGUAAUGUCAAAAACCAGCAGAGCCUAUGGAUCUUCAAGGGCAAGAUUGAACAGCACUGUGCUGUUCGAGUGCUUUAAGCAUGGAGAAAGCACUUCACAAAUAAAGUUAUUAUAUGCACAGUUAACAGAAUCAAGCCACUUUACAUUGGGGAAAAAAUGGAGAUUUACCUCUUAACUCUUCUGUAACUGCAUGCUAAAUCUAAAAUCUGUCAGAUGGCAGCAGGUUUCUGAAGGAGUGGCCUACCUUCAUAUGUACAAUAAAAUUGUGUAAAAUUA